AUGGUUUACGGCACAGGUUUACGCCUACCUGGCCAAUUUUUCAACCCUUCCACAAAACCCAUUAAAGAGUCUACUUUCAUUGAACACUUGCGGGAGACAAUGGAAAAGCUUACACCCGUUCCUGCUUCUGAUCAUUCUCGUCAAACCUGUUUUGUGCAUCCAGCCUUAAAGGAUGCUACUCAAGUUUUCAUUCGAAAAGAUUGGGUCAAACCUCCGUUGACCCCUCCAUACGACGGACCUUUCCAGGUACUCUCUCGACAAGUUAAACAUUUCACUUUAAAAAUUGGAUCCCGUACAGCUACUAUUAGUAUAGAUCGUCUCAAGCCUGCCUUUUCGGAAACUGCCAUUCCUUUGAAUUCUUCAAAAUUCGAAUCUCAACCUCAAGUGUUUAUCAGCAGUGGUAGACGUGUAAAAUUUAGAAUUCCCUAG